UGAUUCCCUGGCGCAAGAAGCAAAUUGCCCACCCCCCAAAAAAAAAAAAAAAAAAAAACCUAUGGCCACCGGAGGGAAUCUUCUCAUCUUCCUCUCCGCCGCCGCCGCCGCUCUCUCCGCCGUCAUCCUCUUUCCGGCCAUCAAUUCCUCCUUUGCAGGGAGCGUUUUGAAAUGGGGAACGACGUACGCGGACGUCGUCGUCACCAACGCCACCAUCUACACCUGCGACUCCGCUCUUCCUUUCGCAGACUCCAUGGCCAUCCGCAGCGGCCGGAUUCUGCGUCUCGGAACCUAUUCUUCUCUCAAGGACUUAGUGGGUUGCAACACGAAUGAGCUGAAUCUUAAUGGGAAGGUUGUGAUGCCCGGGUUUAUCGAUUCUCACGUGCACUUGAUAUUUGGUGGUCUGCAGAUGGGGCAGGUGGAACUUCGAAACAUCAAACACAAAGAUGAUUUUGUCAGAAAAGUCAAGCAAGCUGUCAGAGAUAAGCUUCCUGACCAGUGGAUCUUAGGUGGUGGUUGGAACAAUGACUUCUGGGGAGGUGACUUACCUAAUGCUUCUUGGCUAGAUGAUAUUACACCAAACAACCCUGUUUGGCUUUCGCGCAUGGAUGGCCACAUGGGAGUGGCAAAUUCACGUGCUCUCAAGAUUGCUGGGAUUACUAGAAACUCUGACGAUCCAGUUGGUGGAAGCAUUAUCAAGACAACUGAAGGAGAACCUACUGGUCUGCUGGUUGAUUCCGCGAUGAAACUUGUUCGCUCUGUGAUUCCUGAGGUCUCAAUCCAUGAAAAAAGAGAUGCCCUGAUAAGAGCAAGCAGGCAUGCCCUCAUGAGGGGGGUGACAACUGUAGUUGACAUGGGAAGAUAUUUACCGGGUGCGUCAGCUGAUCCGGUUUGGCAUGAUCUUUCAGAUGUUUACAAGUGGGCUGAUUCUGCUGGACAAAUGAUGAUAAGAGUUUGUUUGUUCUUCCCUUUGCCAUCAUGGUCUCGGUUAGUUGAUCUUAUGCAAGAAACAGGUCGUGCAAUAAGUCAAUGGAUACACCUUGGUGGUGUUAAAGCUUUUUUAGAUGGUUCGUUGGGUUCCAACAGUGCACUGUUCUAUGAGCCCUAUGAGGAUGACACCAGUAAUAGCGGUUUACAAGUGACAAAUUUGGAUUGGCUUCUUAAUGCAACCCUAGAAUCGGACAGAUCUGGACUUCAGGUGGCAAUCCAUGCAAUUGGAGACAAAGCAAAUGACAUGGUGCUGGAUAUGUUCAACUCAGUGGCUUCUUUACAUGGAAUUAGAGAUCGCAGAUUUAGGAUUGAACAUGCGCAACAUCUAGCUUCAGGAACAGCAAAGCGUUUUGGCCAACAAAGGGUUAUUGCAUCCGUGCAGCCAGAUCAUCUCUUGGAUGAUGCUAAUUCAGCUGGGAAAAAACUUGGGGAAGACCGCGCUUUGCGAAGUUCGUAUUUAUUCAAGUCACUUUUAGAUGCCGGUACACAUUUAGCUUUUGGUUCGGACUGGCCGGUAGCAGAUGUUAAUCCAUUAGGAAGUAUCAGAACUGCGCUGUACCGUGUACCCCCAGGAUGGGAAAGUGCUUGGAAUCCCAGUGAGAGUGUUGCAUUGAAUGAUGCUAUAAAAGCGCAAACCAUAUCGGCAGCAUAUGCUUGCUUCCUUGACCAUAGUUUGGGCAGUUUGUCGCCUGGAAAGUAUGCAGAUUUUGUGGUUUUGCCUGCCGGUUCGUGGGAUGAGCUUGUCAAUGAGUUACCAUCUUCCGUCUUAGCUACUUAUGUGAACGGCAAACAGGCGUACCCAUGAUAUUGUAAAUACUUCUGCUGGGCAAGCACUUCGUAUAUUUGCCUGUAUUAUACGGUGAUGCUGCUUGUUUCUAGCAUCACAUAAAGUAAUCAACUGCAUAGUACGCAUCUCAGAUUUGUAGCUCCAGCAAAUUGUAGAAACAAAACCUAGUCAGUGUUGUUGUUUCGAUUUCAGAUGUAUAUUUAAUGGGAACAUUGGUAAUAUAUGUAAGUGAAUGGUUUUAAUUAUGAAGUAUAAUUUUUUUUAUGCUUA